CCUCCUCGGAGAGCCUCAUGUUCCGCGUUUACGAAUCUUUCGGUCGUGGACUUCUCUGCGAAAAGACCGCGAGUUUGACACAUCAGCCUCGUUUUGCCUCAUAUCUUGGCUUUUCAGCCCGAGGUUUGCUUACACCAUAUUAUCAUUUACUGUUAUUUCGUCCAAAACUUCCGGCCGUUUGUUGGUCCAGUUGAGUUGUGGAACUGAUGAGCCCAACAUCCAGUCCAGACUAUCAAACUCGAUUUCGGCCAAUUAAUCCCCCUCCCUUCUUCCUCCAAUCUAGUCUCACUUGUAUCCGUAUAUCAGAGCUGAAUAAGUAAUCAUGAUGCAGAAACGGGCCUGUGAUGCCUGUCAUAAGAGAAAGAUCCAAUGCGAUUCAACAAGCCCAGAUACACCCUGCAACUGGUGUGAGCACCAUGGCUUGGAUUGUACCUUUAACCGAGUGAGAGGGCGGAAGAAGACAGCCAAGGCUAGGUCUCGUCAAACAUCAGAGCAGAGUCUGGCAGAGCGCCUCAAGCGCAUUGAGGAUGCUCUCUCUCACACACUUUCUAAUCAGAAGAACUCAGAAAACAGUGCAGCCAAGCCAUUGACUCCAACUUCACAAGCCACUGACCCCCACAAGAGUUCAGACCCUGGUACUGGAGACUCAACCAACGAUGCCCCUCAAAACUUGUCAUUCAACCGGCCAUCUUCUUCCUUUUUGAGAGCUACAGAUUCGAGAUCUGCAAGCGUAUCUCAAGGAUCUCCCUUUAUAUCUCAAGCCCCAUCUCCUGCUGGCGGCUUCACCAGCUCUGUUUCCUAUGGGCAACUCCAUUAUGGUGGUUGUCACUUUGGCCACAUCAGUCAACAUAAUGGACUCCCUCUGCUUUCAGAAGAGGGAAGACAAUGGAUAACUUCAAAGACUGGCCACGAUGUUAUUCUUAAUCCUGGCGCCACAGACCACUCCAACCCCUCCCAAUCGCCUGCACCCCACGUUUACCAUGACCAACGCGACUUAUACGAACUUCCUGAUAGAAGUAUCACUGAGAAGGCUUUCGACGCCUUUACUCAUUCCUCUUUCAGUUUGGUGUUUCCCGUCGUGGAACGGGUUCUGUUCAAGGAUACCAUUGAAUUAGCGUAUCAGCCGUACACAGGCAAAGUUCCUUCUUUGGAGCAUCUUAGUGCCAAAGUUGGCGUUUUGGCCUUCCUCUCAACAAUAGUACUCUUCCAAGACACAUUUGAAGACGCACCAAGUAUCGACACAGACUUGUGUGCCACAAAGGCACGUUAUCUGCUCACUGAUGUUCUGGAGAUAGCUAGUAUCAACAACCUCCAAAUAGUCUUCAUGCUGAACAUGCAUGAGAUAUUCUCUGGGCGCCUUCGAUCCGGUGCCAUGUUCCAUGCCAUUGCGUGCCGCAUGGUAUUCACGCUUGGAGGCCAUACUUACAUAUCAUGUAAGUUGCGAAGCUCGCAGGUUACACGUUCAGAGAGGGAACGGCGCCAACUUCGCAUGCUAUUCUGGCUAUGCUAUAUCUUCGAUAAAGAUAUCGCUCUACGGACAGGUCAACCACCGCUCAUGUCAGAUGAAUACUGCGAUCUCACCCUUCCGGAGACCUACUUCGACUGCUAUGAAUACCUCCCCAAGCUCGAUAGAAGCAUCCCCAAAGUUUCCUACGAAGAAGAGAGUCUAAUGCCUCAUCUCCCGUGUGACCCUCGCCUGAGCCAGCUCAAAGACAAAACUAGUCGUCUGCUGUAUUCGGCCCAGGCUGCUAAGAAAUCACAUGCUCAGCUCCUUUGCGACAUCCGAGAACUUGACGAAGAGCUCGAAGCAUGGAGGCAAUCCGUACCCCCUUCAUUCCGCCCUGCGCUCUCGAUCACCAAUGAGUCUCAAGUCGCUCUUCAAGGGAUGCAUCUUCCUCGCAGUAUGAGACAUAUCACCCUUCAUUUGGACUAUCAUCAUCUCAUGAUCGCAAUCCAUCGAGCGAGUGGUAGGUGCAUGGAGCGUGAUCCUGGAAACUCCAACGACCAGCCCGAAUGGGUCCCUGGAGUCGAAUCGAGCAAUGCUCUUGCGCUGGAGGCUAGUCGGUCGACACUUUGUUAUUUGCGCGCAGCGAUGUGUGGAGUCGCUGGCGAAGCAUUCUGGGUUAUUGUCUUCUAUCCCACAGCAGCCAUGAUCACUCUCUUCUUCAACAUCUUGCUGUACCCACUCCAUGAGCGGGCUGAGCAAGACCUUGAGCUUCUCAAAGCAGCCGCUGAUCUGAUCAACAAUCUCCCAGUGCGGCGAUUGACCACUUCAGAAGUCUCGCAUAUGAAACUUAUCAAUGACUUUGUUGUUGAGCUAGUCCGCCUUGGAAGGAGUGCGAUCUGCAAAGCUACCAUGGAAAGGGAUCAUGAGCUCGACAGACAGUUAAUGAUUAUAGCUUAGGAACCAUACUUUGUCUGUAUUUAUAUCCUUUUGUAAAUUGGUUUGGGGGCGCGCGUCGGUUAUACCAUAGUGGAUUCAAUAUAGGGGAUAUAGAAUGAUUCAAGGACUUUUGAUUAUAUUCAUGAUACAGGAAGGAAAGGGGACAGGAAUCGGAGUAAUUUGCGAUAAUUCAAAUUAUGUUUCUUCUACUGAUGAACGGUGAGAAACUCUGACUGGAUAAUGUCCGAAAUACAGAUACGAGCUUAUACAAUUCUUAUCUCUGGCG